AUGAGCUCCUCGGCAGCAGAUCCCUCUGCCGCCAGGCUCAACAGUGAUGUCCGCCAACGGCAUCCUACCGCGUCGGCCGCCAGCGAGGAUGUAGAGGACGCUUUGCUGCAGCAGCAGAAAGAGGCCGAUGCCGCCGCGUCGAGGGCCAAGAAGACAUAUGGCAAAACACCAGAUGGCACAGUCUUCGUCGUCCCCACGACUCAUGACAUGGUCACCCAGCUGCUCGACCCUCGCGAGCCCAAGAACCUCUCAGAUGUCGCCGUGCUCGCCAUCAUCGCUCUACACUUCCUCGCCGCUUACUACCUGCCUUGGGGCGUCAAGAGGCCUCUCUUUGCCGCCAUCUUCAUGUUUUGGAGGUUGGCUUACAAUGUCGGCAUUGGUUACCUGUUGACUAUCCAGUCCAAGUACAAGCUCCUGGUGACUUGGGCCAAGAGGUGGAAGCUGUUCGAGAACCCCGCGACUGGCAAGAACCCGCGCCCAUGGCUCUACAACCUGCUCAAGAAAGAACUCGAGACCAAGAUCCCCCAGGAUUACAAGUUUGAAGAGGCUCCGAUCGAGUACAACACUUGGCUUACCUUCCGCCGUGUCGUCGACUUGAUUCUCAUGUGCGACUUCAUCUCCUACUGCCUGUUCGCCAUUGUCUGCGCCCACAAGCCGGACGGCGAGGGUUUCUUCGUCGGCUUUGCCCGUUGGGUUGUUGGAAUCACGCUGGUUGGCUUCAACCUGUGGGUCAAGCUGGAUGCUCAUCGUGUUGUCAAGGACUAUGCUUGGUACUGGGGUGACUUCUUCUACCUCAUUGAGCAGGAACUUACUUUCGACGGUGUCUUUGAGCUGGCUCCUCACCCCAUGUACUCCAUCGGAUACGCUGGCUACUACGGUAUCUCCAUGAUGGCCGCGAGCUACGACGUCCUCUUCAUCUCCAUCAUCGCCCAUGCUGCCCAAUUCGCCUUCUUGGUGGUCGUCGAGAACCCUCAUAUCGAAAAGACCUAUAACCCGCCUCAGCCCCGCGUGAGGUCCGAGUCGGAGGCUGGUAGUCAGUUGCAGGAGGUUGCUUCCGAGUAUUCUGUUCCUUCUACCUCCGGAAGACAUAACGACAACUCCCCGCAGCCCGUCCACAACCUCAUCGGUCUCAAGAACCUCGAUUUCUUCCGCAUCACAGAUGUUGCCGUCGUGCUCCUCUCUGCUUACCUCGCCGUCGUCACCAUGGUUACCCCCAACACCCGCUUUUACCAGGCUCUUUUCGUUUUGCACGCUCUGGCUUGGCGUGUGUGGUACUCGUUUGGUCUAGGAGUCAUUUUGACCAUGCAGUCUGAGGAGAAGAUGUUCACGAGGCACUUCCUCAAGUACGGCGAGAGCUUGGGCGAGGCCUGGCGCCAGUGGAAGGGUAUCUAUCACCUGAGCAACUGCCUCUGCCAUGCUUCCUUCAUUGCUGCCUGCUACAAGAUGUACGAAUUCCCCGCCGGUGGAGACAACGGCUGGGCGCUUCUGAAGCACGUCGUUGGCCUGGGCUUGAUUGCUCUCCAGGUCUGGACCGCUACCAGCAUCUACGAGUCGCUAGGCGAGUUCGGAUGGUUCUAUGGCGAUUUCUUCUUCGACAGCAAGAGGCAGCUCACUUACACUUCCAUCUACCGCUUCCUUAACAACCCCGAGCGUGUCUUUGGUACCGCUGGCUUGUGGGGCGCUGCGCUGAUCACAUGGUCCCGCGCCAUCUUCCUCAUGGCUCUUGCCGGCCACUUCCUCACCCUUGCGUUCCUCGCGUAUGUUGAGAAGCCUCACAUGCAAAAGGUCUAUGGCCGCAACCUGCGCGAUGAUGCCGGUGUCACCAAGUUCAUCAAGCGUUCUCUACCUCCCCCGGUCACCGAGUGGCAGCAGAGCAUUGACAAGGUCCUGGAUGAGACCAAGCACUUUAUCGAUGAGUUUGUUGAGGCUGCUCGCUCCAGGCUCGCCACCGGAUCUUCUACCAUUGUCAAGGAUACUUCGGCCCUGUUCAACAAGUACCCCGCUCGUCUCACCAUCAGCAAGAUUUCAGCUGACCUUGCGGGCUAUGAUCCCAAGCACUACGGUCUGUCUCUAGCUGGUACACCUGUUGUUGGCACAAACGAAAAGGCCACCGGAAAGGAAAGCCCCAACGCUCGCGUGCUCAAGGAUGUCAAGACCCAGUCGUUCGAGUACGGAGCCCCAAUUCGCGUCAAGUGGACUGCGCCCGCCAAACACAGCAAGAAGGACUGGAUCGGUCUCUACAUGGUCACGGACAACCGCUCUAGGGAAGUCACCGAGGUUCCGUCCCUUGGCCGCUGGGUACCGACCAACCCUGGCGAGUACGAUACCACGACCGACCAGGGCAUUCUUGUCUGGGACCAACCUGUCGAGAAGAAGUCUGAGGAUACGGAUCUCGUUGAGGGUGAGAUGAUCUUCGAGGGUGACAAGCUGUGGUGGACACAGGGUGUGUUCGAGUUCCGUUACCACCACGGUGGCGGACAUCACGUCAUGUCCAUCUCGGAGCCUUUCGAAAUCCAGAUCCCCAAGUUCGACGACGAGCACAGAGGCGUCGAUAUCAGCGCUGGCAGCGGAGAAGUUGGUGAGCGCGCCGUCGAGGCGGCUCUCCUGCCCGUUAUCCGCAACUGCUUGGACCGCGACCCCGAUAUUGCGCCCAGCAAUGCGGACGAGCGUUUCGGUGGCCAUGUCGAAAGAGAUGGCAAGUACGCCAGGCGUGUUGUGUACGCUAUUAGGCAUAUGUUUGGUAUUGACUUUGCCCCUGCGGUUGUGCUUGCGGACGGAAACGUCCGUAGGCUGGCUUGGAGGAUAUGUCACGCUAAGGAAGUGCUGGCUCCAUUCAGCAUGUCACAUACCAACGGCCGGACAACACCGGUUGAUAGCAAGUUCUCUGAGUAA